GAGGCGGGCCGAGAGGCCGAGAGCGAAGGAGCCAGCGCCGCCCCGCGCGCGCGCCGCCCCCCGGGUCCGGCCUGGCUCUGGGGAGGGGGCGGGCCCAGGCCGCGGCCGCCGCGGGGCCAAUCGGGCCUCAGGAGCGCGCCCCGGGGGCCGCCUUUCCGGGCCCUGGGUUUCCUCCGGCGCGUCCCGCCCCUCGGGAUCGAGGCCGCCCCGGGCCCCACUCGGCUGGGCCUCGGUGGGCAGCUGCUGGCCGGUCCCAGCGGCGCGCGCGCGCGGGCCAGCCACGGAGAGUCAGGGGUCAGCCCCUCCCGGGAAGAUGCUGCGAAGACAUGCAGGCACCGCCCUGGGAGUGCUGUGGCUCUGCCUGGCAGGAGCCGUGGAGGUACAGGUCCCCGAAGAGCCCGUGGUGGCCCUGGUGGGCAGCAACGCCACCCUGCGCUGCUCCUUUGUGCCCGAGCCCAGCUUCAGCCUGGCACAGCUCAGCCUCAUCUGGCAGCUGACAGACACCAAGCAGCUGGUGCACAGCUUUGCACAGGGCCGCGACCAGGGCAGUGCCUAUGCCAACCGCACGGAGCUGUUUCCGGAGUUGCUGGCACAGGGCAACGCGUCUCUGCGGUUGCUGCGUGUGCGUGUGGCCGACGAGGGCAGCUUCACAUGCUUUGUGAGCAUCCGGGACUUUGGCAGUGCAGCGGUCAGCCUGCAGGUGGCAGCCCCCUACUCGAAGCCCAGCAUGACCCUGGAGCCCAACAAGGACCUGCGGCCCGGGGACACGGUAACCAUCACGUGCUCCAGCUCAGGGGGCUACCCUGAGGCCGAGGUGCUGUGGCGGGAUGGACAGGGCACUCCUUUGACCAACAACGUGACCACGUCGCAGACGGCGAAUGAACAAGGCCUAUUUGAUGUGCGCAGCGUCCUGUGGGCGGUGCUGGGCUCCAACGGCACCUACAGCUGCCUGGUGCGCAACCCGGUGCUGCGGCAGGACGCGCUCAGCUCCAUCACCGUCACACCCCAUAGAAGCCCCACAGGAGCCGUGGAGGUGCAGGUCCCCGAAGAGCCCGUGGUGGCCCUGGUGGGCAGCAACGCCACCCUGCGCUGCUCCUUUGUGCCCGAGCCCAGCUUCAGCCUGGCACAGCUCAGCCUCAUCUGGCAGCUGACAGACACCAAGCAGCUGGUGCACAGCUUUGCACAGGGCCGCGACCAGGGCAGUGCCUAUGCCAACCGCACGGAGCUGUUUCCGGAGUUGCUGGCACAGGGCAACGCGUCUCUGCGGUUGCUGCGUGUGCGUGUGGCCGACGAGGGCAGCUUCACAUGCUUUGUGAGCAUCCGGGACUUUGGCAGUGCAGCGGUCAGCCUGCAGGUGGCAGCCCCCUACUCGAAGCCCAGCAUGACCCUGGAGCCCAACAAGGACCUGCGGCCCGGGGACACGGUGACCAUCACAUGCUCCAGUUCCCGCGGCUACCCUGAGGCCGAGGUGCUGUGGCAGGACGGACAGGGCACGCCCUUAGCCGGCAACGUGACCACGUCGCAGAUGGCAAAUGAACAAGGCCUGUUUGACGUGCGCAGCAUCCUGCGGGUGGUGCUGGGCGCCAACGGCACCUACAGCUGCCUGGUGCGCAACCCGGUGCUGCGGCAGGACGCGCACGGCUCAGUGACCAUCACAGGACAGGCCAUGACGUUUCCCCCUGAGGCCCUAUGGGUGACCGUGGGGCUGUCUGUGUGUCUUGUGGCCCUGCUGGUGGCGCUGGCCUUCGUGUGUUGGAGGAAGAUCAAGCAGAGCUGUGAGGAGGAGAAUGCCAGAGCCGAGGACCAGGAAGGGGACAGAGACGGAUCUAAAACAGCCCUGCGACCUCUGAAACAUGCGGAAAGCAAAGAAGAUGAAAUCGUCUGACCCCGGGAACCUGGGAGCUGCCACCCCCGUCGCUCCAAGGGACAUGGUCUCGCCUGCCACCUUACCUCUCCUGUGACAUGAUCCCCACACUGCCUCAUUGCCUUAUAUCUUAGGGGCACAGACCCCUCACCGCCUUCGAACACCAGGACCACCCCAACCACUGGGGCUGGCUUGGUUUCAUCCCAGGCUAUCUAGCCCCGUUCCUGCCUUACUUUUCUCGGAGUACUUGGCCCUCGCAUGGCCUCUCCCGUGGGGCUGUCCCCUCUCACCUGCAGGCAGCACUGGUGUCUUCCCCAUCUCCUCAGACCUGGAGGGUAGCCUCCUGCCUGCUGGCUCCGCCUUGGCAUCCCCUUCACCCAUCCUAAGUGAAAGCAGGCUCACACAGCAUUCCCACACCACGUGCAGGAGAGCAUACCCACAGUCACGUGCUGGAACACAUGUGGAGCCCCCCUCGCACACCCCUCUCAGGAGCCCCUCCCUCCUCCUGCCCUGCCCCAGGCAGCGUGUGCUGGUCACACUGGGUCUGGGGUUUGAGGUGGGAUCCCCCACCUCUGCAGCAUUGGUUCUUUUGCAUCCAUUCGGUUAAUAUCCACUGAGUGACCCUGGGGUACCGACACUCACCUAGGUACUGGGGACCCAGUUGAUAAGACUGGUCCCCUCCCACCACCACUGCUUAGAAGCCCACCUCCCAACCCCCACCUAGGCAAACAGGGUCUGUGGUUUUUCUGGGAACGCAGCUCUGCCUCACUUCCUGUUGUGCCAGCCCACCGCCCACCCACCUGCUCCACUCCCAGCUUCCUGGAUCCCUCACCUCCCCACACCACCCCCAUCCCAUCUCUAAUCCUCACCCAGAGUGUGGGCUGGGAGCAGGGGUCACAGGCCUGAGCUGGCAGCAUGGACAAGCCUGGAGCCUGCUCACCCUGGCCACAGCCUGGCCUGGGAUAGGGCUGAGAGGGCUGUGAGGAUGCAGGCGGCUCCCCCUGCCCCACUGUGGUGCUAUUCUAGGGCCAGGUAGCUACGGCUCCCUGUGUCCCUGGCCGGCCCCCGCCCCAGGCAGUAAGAGCUGCCAAUGUUGAUGGCAUCCCCUACCCCCAAGAUGGAAACAGGAGGGCUUCUAAUUUAAGCGGGGGACUGAAAACUUUUGUAAAUGGGGGUGGGAGUGGGAGGGAACAUUUUGGUGAAAAU